AAGUAGACUGAUGAGUGAUGAAGACCCAAAAUGCCAGGAAGCCUCCGUCAUCUAUUCUCUUCUUCUCUGUGUAUGUGGCCCUGCCCUCGAACUCAAUUCCUCAACCACCAUAAACGACGUCAUCCCAUGCGCAUGAUCUAUCCUUCCCAUAUAAAUUCUCUCUUCACGAUCGCAACCACCACCUUUCCACUCCACUCCCCCUUAGUUUACCUCAAACCCUCCAACUUUUCCAUGGACCCAUCUGGAACCAUCGUCUUCUCCACCGUCGGAGUAACCCAGUACGGCUUCGAUAUCUUCUCUGUCAAGCUUCCGAACCUCACCCAGCGCCGCCUCACUGACGGUGUCUCCGUUAACUUUAAUGGCCAGUUCCUGGACGAAAACGAGGAGAGCCUCGUUUUCGUCUCCGAAAGGUCCGGUUCUCCUAGGAUCUACCUUUCCAAACCCGAGCUCUCGGAACCGGAGCUCGUCCCGUCCCCUCCCGAAAGCCUGUUCCAUGAUCGUCCCGUUAUCAAGAAUCAACGGGCCUACUUCAUUUCGGCUCAUGAAGAGCCCGAUAAGCUGUUUAAGAGCUGGUCGGCUUUGUACUCGACCCGGCUGGAUGAUAAGAAAGUACGGCGGUUGACGCCGCCUGGUGUGGCUGAUUACAGCCCAUCCGUUUCUCAAAGCGGGAAGUUUGUCGCCGUGGCUUCAUAUGGGUCUCGUGAUUGGGGCGGUGAGUUUCACGAGCUACAAACGGAUAUUGUUGUUUUUCCAGAAUCAGACCAGAACGCCCGAGUUACGGUCUGCCAGCACGGUGGCUGGCCAACCUGGUCGGGUGACUCCACCAUCUAUUUCCACCGCCAAUCAGACGAUGGAUGGUGGAGCAUUUACCGGGUCGAUCUGCCCCAAAAUUCUGACCUCUCCGAUGCCCCGUAUUUACCUGUCCGGGUCACCCCUGCUGGUGUCCACUGCUUCACGCCUGCAGCCAUGCAUAACGCCAAGAAACUCGCCGUGGCCACCCGUCGGAGGGGGAAAAGCUACCGCCAAAUUGAAAUCUUUGAUGCUGAAUCCAAAUCAUUUUACCCAGUGACUGAAACAUUAAGCCCGAAAUUCCAUUGCUACAACCCGUUUUUCUCUCCGGACUCUACUUUUCUCGGAUACCACCGAUUCCGAGGCGAGUCAGCUCAACCCGGCGAGUCAAUCGUCCCUUUCCUCGAAAAAGUAUCCUCUCCAAUAAAAGGGCUGGAAAUGUUGAGGUUAAACGGUAAUUUCCCUACGUUUUCACCGUCGGGCGAAUUCAUAGCCUACAACCCCGACUUCGAAGCUAAUUCCGGCUUGAAAGUCAUCAAAUCGGACGGUUCAAAAAGAUGGGCUCUAUUCAGAAACCGUGUGACAUUUUACCUGUCAUGGAGCCCUGUUGAAAAAAACGUGAUCUUCACGUCAAUCGGGCCAAUUUUCCAGUCAUCCAGGACGACGGUCCAGAUUGCACGAGUCACAUUUGAUCCAGCAAAUCUAACCGCCGAUCACGACGCAGAAAUUCCGGUUGACAUCAAAAUUCUGACCAAUGAGGAUACAGGGAAUAAUGCAUUUCCUUCCUGUUCGCCUGACGGAAAAUUUAUCGCCUUCCGUUCGGGCCGCUCCGGGCAUAAGAAUUUGUACAUCGUCGAUGCCGUUAACGGAGAAUUUAACGGCGGGAGUAUCCGUCGAUUAACGGAUGGACCGUGGAUCGACACCAUGCCUAGCUGGUCGCCCGAUGGGAAAUGGAUUGCGUUCUCUUCAAACAUGCAUAAUCCGGAUGACGUGGAGCAUUUUAGCAUAUAUGUUAUUGGGCAGGACGGGUCGGGUCUUCGGAGGAUCCGCAUAGCGGGUAACGAGGGUUCGGGCGGAUUGGAUCGGGAGAGAUUGAACCACGUUUGUUGGAGCGCGGAUUGUGAGUGGUUGUUAUUCACGGCCAACUUGGGUGGCAUUACGGCGGAGCCGGUGUCGUUGCCGAAUCAAUUUCAGCCGUACGGAGACUUAUAUAUGGUGAGAUUGGACGGAACCGGGUUGAGGAGGCUGACAUGGAAUGGAUACGAGAAUGGGACGCCAGCCUGGUAUCCGACGGGUGGUGACGCGGAAUUGGACAUGGGAAGAUUGAAUUUGAAGGGGAGUGAAACAGUCGGUGAUAAGUUGAAGGGUGAUUUUAUUGAGCCUCUGUGGUUGCAUUGAGAGAUGCUGCUAUUUAGCUUUCUUUUUACUGUGUUAUUUUAAACAUGUACUAGUAAUAAAUAAUUGUGGGUUUUUUUUUUCCUUGACGAAAUAAGAGUUGUAUUACAGUGCCAUUAAUAAUUAAUAAAAAUGCGAGUGCAUAAGAUUAAAAAUAAAAAAAAAAAUAAGUGAAAGAUUG